CUUUUUUUCUUUUUUAAUCUCAGUUAGUAUUUUACUGGUGUUUUCGACCUUUGGGGGCUGGUAGAAGAAUAAAUUAAGCUAACGUCAUGUUCUAAUGAUACAAAAACGUAAAAUUAACGCGACUAAUGACGCUUUAUCUUAACACACCUGAUCGUGUAGCUUUGUUGACCGCUUUUGCGGCACUAAAAGCCGAUUCCCGUGUUAACUGUGUGUCUCUCUGGUUUCGGGUUAUUCUUUCCUCGGCAAGUGGCUUCCAUGGGAGUCGACCAGACGGUGUCGGCGGUGCCGGAGGAUGCGGUGGGCAGGCGGGUGUCUUGCGGCGGUGAGCGGGCAACGGUGCGGUACGUGGGCCCGGUACCACCAACAACAGGGCUGUGGCUCGGCGUAGAGUGGGACAACCCCGACAGAGGUAAACAUGACGGCAGCCACGAAGGAGUCCAGUACUUUACAUGCAGACACACUAAAGGGGGCUCCUUCGUCCGUCCAGCGAAGGUGAGCUUCGGAGUGGACUACCUGACCGCUGUGCGACAGGUGUACCAGAUCAACACAGAGGAGGUGCUGAGUGAGGAGAUGUCCGUCAAUUGGAAGGACAUUAAGGAGCGCAGUUUUGAGAGCCUCCCGUCAGUGCUACUGGGUCGCCGUGAGGUGAACAGCCCCGGGGAUAGUGGAGAAAUCAGGAAAACAACACCCAACGUCCAGUGGUUGGACCUGAGUAGGACUCUGCUGUCCUGCUGGGAGGACGUGGCCGCCAUCACCGAGCAGCUGGACAAACUGGAGGGACUACAGCUCAGCUACAACAGACUGUGUUUGCCCUCUGACCCCUCGGCUCACUGCCAGGCUUUCUGCAGCCUCAAAGUCCUCGCUCUCAACAGCUGCGACCUCACCUGGCCACAGAUCCUGGAGUGCGCCCCCAUGUGGCCUCAGCUGGAGGAUCUCUCUGUAGAUGAAAACAACAUCACAGAGCUGCAGAGGCCGGAGGGAGUGCUGCAGUCAGUGAAGCUUCUCAGCCUGUCCUGUAACCCGUUACUGCAGGACAGUGUGCUCAACAUGUCUGCCCUGCCCAGACUGGAGCAGCUGAACUUGUCCAAGACCGGACUGUCUGUCAUUCGAUUUGAUGACGCUGCUCCCGGAUCUCAGACAGCCAUGUUUCCAGCACUGAAGAAUCUCAGCCUGGACCAGAACAACAUCACCGAGUGGCGGGUGGUGGACGAGCUGGCGAAACUCCGCAGUCUGGUUCAGCUUUCGUGUCGCGGCAACCGACUGGUGAGCAGCGACGGGAACCCCAAAACGGCCAAUCAGAUGCUGAUCGCCAAACUGGGACGACUGGUCGUCCUCAACGGCUGCAAGAUACCCUCCGAGGACAGGAGGGGGGCGGAGCUCGACUACAUCAAGAUGUUUGGAGAGGAGUGGCUGAAGGCCGGGGGGCGGAGUCAGCCCAGCGCCCAGUUCACCUGUCAGCACCCCCGUUACCAGAGCCUCAUCCACAAGUAUGGAGCUCCAGAGGAAGGGGAGCUGAAGAAGCCGGAGCCGUUUGCCCUGAAAAAUCAGCUGUUGAAGAUUACAUUUGUGUUUCCUGAUGACGCCGACCGGAAGCCCAUUGAGAAGAAACUUCCAGCCACCAUGGUUGUGCAGAAGGUGAAGGGACUCCUGUACAGACUGCUGAAGGUUCCUGCAGCAGAUCUGAUGCUCACCUACACCAGCCCCAAGAUGGUGGGGACAGAGUUUGAGAUCGACAGCGACCUUAAGACUCUACAGUUUUAUUCCAUAGAGGAUGGAGACCAGGUGCUGGUCCGCUGGUCCUGACCCGAACAAGGAGGUGAAGAACCAGUCCGGUCCACUGCAGAGACGGAACGGAAGCCUCCGGGACUGAAUGUCAUCUACUUCUGUUAUAGACCCGGAUACAGACUGCGGACGCUUUCCGUUGCCGUCCCUGUGGGAGAGGACCCUCAGACUCGCACUGAGAGGUGGAUUUACUUCGGGAGCUGUUCUUACAAUCAUGCUCGGACUGGAUCCGUUCACACGUCGAAGCAAAUCACCAUUCAGGAUAAUGCAUGGCAAUCUGUCCGCUUGAAUUUCCUUUGUAUAAACCCUAUUUACACUCAGCACAGUUGCACUAACAAGUCCAAGGAUUUAAGAAAUAACGACAAACCGACCUGUCGCACUUUACGUGUCAACCCUCUGCAUUGGUUUCAGUUUACUCAGCUAAAUUUAACAGUUUGAGGUGCUGGUUUCAGAUAGAGCUGUAGAAUCUGUGGAAACCGAAGCUUCUUGUCAGCAUUUCAGCUUAGAUGAGAGUUAAAACCAUGAGUGUGUAAUAAACUGUGUUAGAAAAAUAUUAUCAUAUAGUGGGGUUUCGCUUAUUUCAAAUAAUCCUCCACAAAAAAA